AUGAUGGCCAUUAACCCUUUUCUUGUUUUCUUUUUCGGGUUUUUGAUUCUCAGAACCGACAUAGUUGACGGGAAUACGCUUGUUGGAGCGGAGAAUGAUACAGUUCAACAAACAGAUAAUCUACCUCCACUUUCGGCGCCAGAAGUUAACAAAAUUCUUGAUGUUUUUGCGUACAUAAGAAAAGUUCUCGUAAAUAGAGUUGGUCAGACCGGGGACACGGAUGGAGGAUCACGUGGUUGUAGCACAGAUCGAUGUAGGGUGGGAGGAAGUGUUGUUGCAGGCAAAGGCGGUGAUGCAAAAUGA